AUGCCUAGCAUAGCAACGCAUCCACAAGCCAAGUUCGACCCGAUUCCACCGGAUCUCGACUUGGAAGGCCUAGUCGACAGAACUCCGAACUUUGAAUGGGUCCAGCGCAUUCCGGCUUCCAAGAUCAGGAAGCUCGAGUUCGAGAAGCUUGUGUGGUACCAGGUCAUCAAGCAAGGGAAGCCUCUCGUCAUCGAAGGAUGGAACAGCAAGCUUCCAAAGUCUCUAUUCAGUGCCCAGUGGCUUGAGGCAACUUACGACAAGAAGCAGGAAGAUGUGCGCGACAUCAACUCCCAGUCCAACAUUCCAAUGACCAUGGGCCACUACCUCCGAUCGAUGCGCCAGCUCACAGACCAGUGGACACCGCACAACUUUCAAGACGAGCGAAGGCAGCGACUCUAUUUGAAGGAUAUAGAUUGUCCGCCAGAGUGGCAUGAACAUCUACGCAAGGUCAUGCCGCCGGGGCUGUUCUACUUCAACGAGAAUGUCGAGGAUCACGGCCUCAGAGACGAUGACCUAUUUAUGGAGGAGCAUACGGCCGCUCCCGCGGGGGACCUUAUGAGCAGCCUCCCCCCAGAAAUGCGGGCGCAAAACUUGAUGUGCUACAUUGGGCAUGAAGGAACGUACACGCCAGCACAUCGUGAGAUGUGUGGCUCACUUGGCCAGAACAUCAUGGUCGAAGCUUCGGGCGAUGAGAAUGGAGAGAAAGAGGGCAGCUCGAUCUGGUUCAUGACCGAGACCAAAGACAGACAGGUCACUCGGGAAUACUUCUUGUCUAUGCUGGGUCACGAUGUCGAAAUCGAAAAGCACUUCGCCCAGAUUAACGCUUGGAAAAAGGCGACUUUCCCAGUUUACGUCGUCGAGCAGAGACCCGGUGACUUCAUUCUAAUCCCACCUCUUGCACCACAUCAAGUUUGGAAUCGCGGUACAAGAACAAUGAAAGUUGCGUGGAACCGUACAACCGUCGAAACGCUUGAUUAUGCCCUACACGAAGCGCUUCCCCGAGCGAGGCUCGUCUGCCGUGACGAGCAAUAUAAGAACAAGGCCAUCAUCUACUACACGCUGCAAAAUUACUAUCGGCAGCUGCAAGAUGCAGCAGAGUCCCAGAUGUCGCUUCUCUUGGGCGAUGAAGUCGGCAGGGACUCUGUAAGGCUCACGCAACUCAAGAAAGAUUUCAAGAAACUCUUGCAGCUUUUCACUGAAAUCCUGGUAGAUGAAAUGUUUGCCUCGAAAGAGAAAAAUGUGGAGAUGAUUCCGUUCGACUCUUGCAUCAUCUGCUCUUACUGCCGGUCAAACAUAUUCAACAAGUUUCUAACAUGUAAACACUGCGUACGAGACCUAAUCGAUGGUGACCAGGACACGUACGAUGUCUGCAUGGAGUGUUACGCCAUGGGACGGUCCUGUCUUUGCGUAUCAGGGCUCUCGUGGUGCGAGCAGUGGGACUGGUCUGAACUAGUUGAAAGCUAUGAGGCGUGGCGGAGCAUGGUCAUCUUCAAUGACGGUUAUGUCGAUAUCAACCUGUCACCGCCGCCUCUUGAGGUUGCAAGAAUGAAGAUUGGCAGGAAAGCGUUGGCUCAGGUCUGCCAAGAGCAACUGCGGCGCCGACCUUUCAAUGAUAUCUCGAAACCUGACAAAGAGCCUGAUCCUGAGCCGUCAGAGCCUGAAAUAAAUGAGGAAGGGCGACCCAAAAAGUCAAAGAGGAAAAAGAAGAAAGGUGACACGUACAAAUGUCACACGUGUUGCCACAAGGAUUAUACCUAUCGGUUGGCUUUCUGCAGCACGCCAGGUUGUAAUAACGCAUAUUGCUUUGGCGUGCUCUAUCGAGCCUUCGACAUGAUGCCACAGGAUGUACUGCAAGAAGAGCGAUGGCAGUGUCCCAGAUGCCAACUGAUUUGCAAUUGUGGCUCAUGUCGGAGAACGGGCAUCACGAAUCCGUAUGAGCCAAAGAAUACGUACAUCGGCCACGACACCCGUGCUGUCGCAGAUGACCGAAGCCAAGAGUCAUUGGUCGAUUUCCGUGUGCACAACUUGAACUGGCUCAAUGCCGCUGGCGACGGGAGUCGCAAUCACAAUAGCAAACGAAUCCAGCGACUCCGUCAGGAAGCCGAAGCAGACAAGGCCAGAGACAACGCCGACGCUGCAGGUGACCUUGCGGGCAACGAUUCAGCUUCCUAUCAGGAUGGCUCCGCGCAAGAGCCCGUCCCAGAUGGAUUCGGAGGGCAGAGAGAGAUGACUGAAGCCACCAAUGGGAUUUCGAGUCACGAUUCUGAUAUGAUCGGCUCUCAGCAACAAGCAGUCAACGGUGCUGCAGGUGGUGCGGACCUGUCCAUGCUUCCUGACGCUCAGGCCUCUCUGUUUCCCGAGACUGAAGCCUACCCUGACCCUUCGGCGCUUGGUGCAGAACGCAGACUGGGAAUGGGCUACUAUGAGCAGGAUGACAGUCCUGACAAGAUUCUAUUCAAUCCGUACCAGGAGCCAACUGAAAGGGGUGAUCUCGCCGGUGACUUUGAGGAGUCAGAGUGGGUUAAGAAGUCACUGCGUGCGGCCAAGCGACGAGCUCGUCACGAAGAUGAUCAAGACCCGGACUUUGUGGUGGGCAGGUCACAUAAGAGGAAGAAGAUCAAAGCUGACACAGAACCUCCCCGAGAUGCUGCAGAAAACCUUGAUCCGGCACUUCGCGGUGGUGACACGAUCAUGCACGACGCCGCUCCAGAUGCAACUGAGGGAGAGGAAGCGGCUAAUGACACGGAUGAUCCUUUUGCUGAGCAGAACGAGCAAGAUGAAGUACCCGUCGAUCGUGGUCGACCAUUUGAUCCGAAUGUACCCACACUGCGUCACUCGAGACCCAAGGUCUCCUAUGCAGAUACGGGGGAUGUUGAGGAAUUCAACGACAUUGUGCCAGCAAAAUCUAAGAAGCCCAUGGCUUUGACUACACCGGCGACGGACGAAGCGAGCAGAGACCCUAUCGACCUCGCUGCGGAAGCUAUGCGUGCCAUCACUGGUAUUCAAGAACCCCCUGGUCCAGCAUCAGCUCCCAUCCGCAAGAAAGGACCAGGUCGACCUCGACGAUCUGACACAGGCCCUGCGCUCUCUUCGCCUCAGGCAACUGUCAAGCCUGCCUUGCCACCGACGGGUCCGCCCAAGCGGCGUGGCCGCCCCCCAAGAUCAUCCUUGGCCGUCAAUGCCCUGGCCCUCGAGAACGAGUCAGAAACUCCUCCAGAUUCCGCUAUCAACGAGCUCGAGGAACAGCUCGCUAAAGAACUAGAAGAAGAUGAGACACUUGGAGAGUCAUCAACACCAUCUGUGUCUGCUCCAAAGCGAAGGGGGCGACCCCCCAAGAAGGCUGUUCAGGGACCUGGCAACCCAGAUCGGCCAAGAGCAACGCGCUCCAUGGGAUCUCCAGCCACUAAUACAGGCCCUCCAUCCGAAAAGUUCAUGUCAAUGGCUGAGCGUAUGGCGCUCAGAGGCAAGAAGGUCAAGAUCGGAAAAAAGAGGAGUGGCCGAGGAACGGUCACGGCAGCUACAAGUACGAAUGAUGGUGCCCAGGCAGUCCGUCCUACGGACGACGCGACUGCCCCGGCAGACGAGACUUCACAAAUCCAUGACGCACACGCUCCAGCAGAGGACACACCAGGAAUUGACAGCCCGCCCGCUCCGGCAGAGGAAGCUCCGGACAAUGGUGACGUGCCAAUGCAGGAUGCUGAGUCUGAUGGAGGCGACGAAGAGUACAUGUCAUCAGGACCAGCAAGUGUCGCACCUGAGUCAAAGGAGGCCAGCGUUGCCCCUCGGUCGAGGCUUGCAAGUAUGGUGCCUUCAUUCUCAAAGGAGUCGAGUCGUGCGCCAGUCGAGCCAUCUCUCGAGGCACUGGCGUCGCCGCCGCCGCCGCCGCCUCAGUCCAAACGGGCGGGCCCAACUGUCGUGCGACUUGUUGAAUCAGAGGACGAGGAGGACACGAGAGGCCCGACAGUUGUGAGAUUGGGCGAUUCGGACGAUGACGGAUACAGCUACUACAGUGAUGACGGCGCUAGUGACCCUGGCUCUGUGUCUGGCACUGGUUCUGUUGCUGGUUCUGACUCUGCUUCUGGUUCUGACGAGGAUGACGACGACGACGGCGAUAUCCCGGCCCAACCAUCGGUCCGAGCAAACCCAGGUCCCAGUUACCGCAUGGCUACGAGAGGCGGGGCAAGAGGACGAGGACGAGGCAGAGGACGUGGCCGUGGCAGGGCUAGGAUGUGA